AUGACACCUCCGCACCUGAGCGUCGCCGCCAUCGUCAAGCCUCGCCUCUGCCUCACUGUCGGCCGCUGCAUCGACCUGUUCGUACCAGAGUUUCGCAGCACACCUUCGCUGCUUCUACGGCCGCACGUCCGCCUUAGCGCCGCCUUGCACGCCUCAGACCAAAUCGGACGCCUUAGCUUGUCAGGCAGGGAAACAGAGAUUGCAGGCGGGAAAACUGACCUGGGCGGGAACACAGGCGCGGGAAACAUUGGUUCAGGUGCGACCAGUUAUGAGAAGGGGAAAGAGAGAGUGAAUCGACGCGAGAGGUCUCUCCUGUCUCCUCUCUGGACCAUUGACGGAGGCUUCCUCCUCAGAUCUGCGGCAGCCGCCAGCCUCCUCCCUCCGGCCACAGUUCCUCCCCCUCCUCUCUGGCUGCAGCUCCUCCCCAUCCUCCUCUGGCGCAACCCUCUUCCAGCAGAUCAGCACCACAUCAAGCCAGGUGUACCUGCUCUGAUGGAUCUAGCCAAUGAUCCUAGGAGAAGAGCUACAUCAGAUGAUCCAGCCUGGAAGUAUGGGUUCUGGCCAGAUUUAGAGAGGAAAGAUUUACUCCAGUGUACAUUGUGUGGCAAGAUAGUCCAUGGUGGAGUGAGAAGGCUAAAGCAGCACUUUUCUGGGGGUUCCAGUGAUGCGGAUAAGUGUCCCGAGGCAUCCAUGGAGAUUAGGAUAGAGAUGCACAAUUCCUUAAACACUAGAAAGUUUAAAGCUAUGGAGCGAUAUAUUGAUGAGGAGGAUGAAGCUGAACUUCAAAGGCGCCGUUCUGUCAUAUACACAAGAUGAUUUGAGGCCUAUGCUUUGGUAACAGUUUAUAUGUUAAUGUUAGUUGUUAAAUCUCCUAAUUGGUGGCCAUCUAUUAUAUAUGUAUGUACAAUUUAUUAAGUUAAUGCUAGUUGUUAAAUCUCCUAAUUGGCUGCCAUAUAUUAUAUAUGCACGUGUCUAAGGCGUCGCCUCGCCUUAUGCUUUAGCGCUUA